AUGGACACCCCCUCAUCCGGCACGAUCGACCUCGAACAUGGCGAGAGAGGUCUACGAAAGCGACUAACCCUCACAUUUCGGAAUGUCAGUGUCCACGUUACGGCGCCGGAUGCUGCCUUGGGAGAUACGCUUCUCUCCGUGGCUGAUCCGCGGCAGUACCUUGGUUUCUUGAAAGGGAGUCGGCCAAAAAGGACUAUACUGAAAGAUGUCAGUGGGCAGGUCAAACCAGGCGAAAUGUUGCUGGUGCUGGGUCGUCCCGGGUCAGGAUGUACCUCGCUUCUACGCGUGCUUUCCAACGACCGCGAGUCCUUUGACGAAGUCGUCGGCGAAACCCGAUACGGGAGUAUGUAUCACCUCGCUGCGAGACGCUUCCGGCAGCAGAUCAUGUUCAGCAACGAGGACGACGUGCAUUUCCCCACGCUGACGGUCAACCGCACGUUGAAGUUUGCGCUGCGGAAUAAGGUGCCGCGGGAACGGCCGGAGGGACAAGGGUCGAAGGAGUUUGUGCAAGAGCAGCGGGAUGGGAUCCUGGCUUCGCUGGGGAUUCCGAACACGACAAAGACGCUGGUAGGAAACGAGUUUAUCCGUGGUGUCUCUGGUGGUGAACGGAAGCGUGUGUCGCUCGCCGAGGUGAUUGCCGGACAGAGCCCGAUACAAUUCUGGGAUAAUCCGACCCGUGGUCUCGACUCCAAGACGGCCGUUGAAUUCGCCCGGUUGCUGCGCCGCGAGGCGGACAUUAAUCACAAGACGAUGGUGGCCACCAUGUACCAGGCCGGCAAUGGCAUCUACAACGAGUUCGACCAGCUGGCAAGGAGCUACUUUGAGGAUAUGGGCUUCGUCUGUCCGAAGGGAGCCAAUAUAGCUGAUUUUCCGACAUCCGUGACUGUGCUCACCGAGCGCAUUGUACGGCCGGGGAUGGGGGACAAAGUUCCCAGCACCGCAGAGGAAUUCGAGAGCCGCUACCGCCAGAGCGAUAUCUAUCAAAAAGCAAUGGAAGGUGUCGACCCGCCGGAGAAACUCACACACGAGGUGGACGAGCUGACGGCCGCCAAACGCAAGCGGCAUUUCCCUCAGACCCCAAGUGUGUACACCGCAAGUCUCUGGGAGCAGAUACGGGCGUGCACCAUCCAUCAGUUCCAGAUCAUGGCGGGCGACAGACUGUCUCUCAUCAUCAAGGUGGUAUUAGCCAUCCUGCAGGCCUUGGUCUGCGGAAGUCUGUUCUACAACCUCAAAGACGACAGCUCGUCCAUCUUCCUGCGCCCGGGCGCGCUGUUCUUUCCUGUCCUCUACUUUCUUCUCGAGUCCAUGUCCGAGACGACCGCCUCAUUCAUGGGCCGGCCCAUCCUCUCACGGCAGAAGCGGUUUGGAUUCUACCGGCCGACUGCAUUCUGUAUCGCAAACGCCAUCACCGACAUCCCUGUCGUCCUCCUGCAAGUCUCCUGUUUCUGUAUCAUCCGAUACUUUAUGGCAGCACUGCAGAUGGACGCCGGUCGGUUUUUCACCUACUGGAUUAUCGUCAUCGCAAACACGCUGCAUGAGGAUGAUCGACCGGGCAUUUCCAGAGGAUCAUCCAAGAUUUGGGGGGAUAUUGAGGCGGAGGUGGGGAGGUAG